UAUAUCGGAGAGUUAAGGAAAAGCCGCGAGGCCACUGAGAGGAAGACACGUAAGAUAUUCAGAAACCACAUCUCUUCUCUUCAAAAAUCCCAUUCUUAAUUCUCUUCCCCAAACAUUUGACAUUUGACACUAGCUUCUUCUUCGUCUGCCAAAUUUUCACAGAUGGCUGCUUCUUCGGCUUGUCUUAUCGGGAGCGGAUUAUCUGUCCACACAACCAAACAGAGGUCUAAACAGCUUGGCCUCUCCUCAACGUUUGCUUCAGUUGAUAGGACAUCUAAAGUUACUGUUGUGAAGGCUUCUUUGGAUGUGAAGAAACAUGAAGCAAGAAGAGGUUUCUUCAAGCUUCUACUUGGAAACGCUGCAGCCGCCGGGGUGGGUUUGCUUGGAAGUGGAAAAGCAAAUGCAGAUGAACAAGGGGUUUCUUCGUCUAGGAUGUCAUAUUCUAGGUUUCUAGAGUAUUUGGACAAAGGAAGGGUUGAUAAAGUAGAUUUGUAUGAGAAUGGGACUAUAGCUAUUGUGGAGGCUGUUUCUCCUGAGUUGGGUAACCGGAUUCAGCGUGUACGCGUGCAGCUACCGGGAUUAAGUCAGGAGCUUCUCCAGAAGCUGAGAGCUAAGAAUAUUGAUUUCGCAGCACAUAAUGCUCAGGAAGACCAAGGCUCUCCGUUACUCAACUUGAUUGGGAAUCUUGCAUUCCCAGUGAUUCUGAUUGGUGGUUUGUUCCUUCUCUCGAGACGGUCCUCUGGUGGAAUGGGUGGCCCUGGUGGUCCCGGCUUCCCACUUCAACUUGGUCAGUCGAAAGCAAAGUUCCAGAUGGAGCCAAACACCGGUGUGACUUUCGAUGAUGUUGCUGGAGUCGAUGAAGCCAAGCAAGAUUUCAUGGAAGUGGUGGAGUUUCUGAAGAAGCCUGAGAGGUUCACUGCGGUUGGUGCCCGAAUCCCUAAAGGUGUUCUCCUUAUUGGCCCUCCUGGUACUGGGAAAACACUGUUGGCAAAAGCCAUUGCUGGUGAAGCCGGUGUACCCUUCUUUUCCAUCUCCGGUUCUGAGUUUGUUGAGAUGUUUGUCGGUGUUGGUGCCUCAAGGGUCCGCGACCUUUUCAAAAAAGCCAAGGAAAAUGCUCCUUGCAUUGUUUUUGUGGAUGAAAUAGAUGCUGUUGGUAGGCAGACAGGAACCGGAAUUGGUGGGGGUAAUGACGAAAGAGAACAGACCCUAAAUCAGCUCCUGACUGAGAUGGAUGGUUUUGAGGGUAACACUGGUGUUAUCGUAGUUGCUGCAACCAACAGGGCAGAUAUUCUUGACUCCGCCUUGCUGAGACCAGGGCGUUUUGACCGGCAGGUGUCUGUUGACGUUCCAGACGUUAAGGGAAGAACAGAUAUUCUCAAGGUUCACUCCGGGAAUAAGAAAUUCGAGAAUGGUGUUUCACUAGAAGUAAUAGCCAUGAGAACGCCUGGAUUUAGUGGAGCUGAUCUUGCAAACCUCUUGAACGAGGCUGCCAUACUGGCAGGACGCCGUGGAAGGACAGCAAUAUCAUCAAAAGAGAUUGAUGACUCAAUUGAUAGAAUUGUAGCUGGUAUGGAAGGAACAGUCAUGACUGAUGGGAAGAGCAAAAGCUUGGUCGCUUACCAUGAAGUUGGACAUGCCGUCUGUGGAACAUUGACUCCUGGACAUGAUGCUGUUCAAAAGGUCACAUUGAUUCCACGAGGCCAAGCGAGAGGUCUGACUUGGUUCAUUCCCUCAGAUGAUCCAACUCUAAUCUCCAAACAGCAACUCUUUGCAAGAAUUGUUGGUGGACUCGGAGGUAGAGCCGCUGAAGAAGUCAUCUUUGGUGAGCCUGAGGUGACUACUGGCGCGGUUGGUGACUUGCAACAGAUCACCGGUCUGGCCAAGCAGAUGGUGACAACAUUUGGGAUGUCUGAAAUCGGACCAUGGUCGCUAAUGGAUUCGUCGGCUCAAAGCGACGUCAUAAUGAGGAUGAUGGCAAGAAACUCAAUGUCGGAGAAGCUUGCAAAUGAUAUCGAUUCAGCGGUGAAGACACUAUCAGACAGGGCAUACGAGAUAGCUCUGGGGCACAUAAGGAACAAUCGCGAAGCUAUGGACAAGAUUGUUGAAGUACUUCUCGAGAAAGAGACAAUGUCAGGCGAUGAAUUCCGAGCAAUCCUAUCUGAAUUUACCGAAAUCCCACCUGAAAACCGUGUUUCUUCCUCAACGUCAACAUCAACAUCAACACCAACACCCGCUUCUGUCUAAGAGACAUUGAUUCUCUCAAAAAACUCUGUGUAUAUCUUCAGAUACUUGCCCAUACUAUGUAACAAGUAAAUCUUAUUUUGCCUAGUUGAAGUAUAUAUACGAACCUUUUUUCUUCAAACUCAA